CGAAAGAUGCGCGUGUUAUUCGUCUCUGGGUAGCAUACGUGUGUUGUCCUUCCAUGGCGCCGGUUUCGACGGAUGUAUCGUAAAAGUACCGGUCAGUUUUGUGCCUGAAUACACUGAAAAUCGUCACGAAGCAGGCGAUAGAUCUUGCUUGUCGAGUCGCUGCCCGGCGAACAACCACACCUGAAAACAGCAUUGUUCGUCUGUAAAGAUUCGUGUAAAUAACAAACUUUUUAAGCAGAGAGAUUUUUGUAUAAGUUCGCGCGACGGCGAAAAUAAAUAAUACCGUGUCGAAAGGGAACUCUUGCAUCGGGCACAGUACAACGAAACCGAGAUGUCUGCUUCAGAUGUAGAUCAUGAGAAAAGGAAGCAGAUUUCCGUUCGUGGUAUCGUCGACGUCGAGAACGUUGGAAAUUUUAAGAAAACCUUCAAUCGACAUUUGCAUUACACGCUCGUGAAGGAUCGUAAUGUGGCAACGAGCAGAGAUUACUUCUUCGCCUUGGCACAUAGCGUCAAGGACAACUUAGUGUCUAGAUGGAUACGUACUCAGCAAUACUACUACGAAAAGGACCCGAAGAGGGUUUAUUAUCUCUCCUUGGAAUAUUAUAUGGGAAGAACCCUUCAAAACACUAUGAUCAACUUAGGUAUUCAAGGUGCUUGUGAUGAGGCUAUGUAUCAGAUGGGUUUAGACAUUGAAGAAUUGGAAGAACUUGAGGAAGACGCUGGUCUAGGAAAUGGUGGUUUAGGAAGGCUCGCUGCUUGUUUUCUUGACAGCAUGGCCACCUUAGGCUUAGCAGCUUAUGGAUAUGGUAUUCGAUAUGAAUACGGAAUAUUUGCUCAAAAGAUUAAAAAUGGAGAACAGGUAGAAGAACCAGACGAUUGGUUAAGAUAUGGAAACCCAUGGGAGAAGGCAAGACCUGAGUUUAUGCUUCCUGUAAACUUCUAUGGACAAGUUAUCGAUACCCCCGAGGGAAAGAAAUGGGUGAAUACGCAGGUCGUAUUUGCAAUGCCAUAUGAUAAUCCAGUUCCAGGAUAUAAAAAUAAUGUAGUAAAUACUCUUAGACUGUGGUCUGCUAAAUCUCCAGUUGAAUUCAAUCUUCAAUUUUUCAAUAAUGGUGAUUAUAUCCAAGCUGUAAUUGAUCGCAAUUUGGCCGAAAACAUUUCCAGAGUAUUAUAUCCUAACGAUAACUUCUUUGAGGGAAAAGAAUUGCGUCUGAAGCAGGAGUAUUUCAUGGUGGCCGCGACUUUACAAGACAUAAUACGCAGAUAUAAAGCUAGUAAAUUUGGCUCAAAAGAACAUCACCGAACAGACUUUGAUUUGUUCCCCGAUAAAGUUGCUAUCCAACUCAACGACACUCAUCCUUCUAUGGCCAUACCCGAGCUAAUGAGGAUUCUCAUUGAUGUCGAAGGUCUUCCAUGGGAGAAGGCUUGGGACAUCACAACCAGGACUUGCGCUUACACCAAUCAUACAGUGCUUCCAGAGGCCCUCGAAAGAUGGCCAACAAGCAUGUUGGAAAGUAUUUUGCCUCGGCAUUUGCAAAUAAUUUAUCACAUAAAUUUCCUACACUUACAAAAAGUUACUGCCAAGUUUCCGAAUGAUAUGGAUCGCCUUCGUCGCAUGUCCUUAAUCGAAGAAGAGGGCGAGAAAAGAGUUAACAUGGCGCAUUUGUCUAUCGUUGGUAGUCACGCUAUUAAUGGUGUAGCGGCACUGCAUUCAGAAAUUCUAAAAGCGAGCGUUUUCAAAGAUUUCUACGAAAUGUCGCCAGAAAAGUUUCAGAACAAGACGAACGGUAUUACACCAAGAAGGUGGCUCCUUUUGUGCAAUCCGAAUCUUUCCGAUAUCAUCGAAGAAAAAAUUGGCGAUGAAUGGACCGUGCAUCUGGAGCAACUGGCGCAGCUUAAACAAUGGGCUAAAGAUCCAGUCUUCCAACGCAGCAUUAUUAAAGUCAAACAAGAGAAUAAACUGAAAGUAGCACAAUUACUUGAGAAGGAUUACGGUGUUAAAGUGAAUCCCGCUUCUAUCUAUGAUAUUCAGGUGAAACGAAUACACGAGUACAAGAGGCAAUUGCUGAAUUGCUUACACGUCAUUACGCUUUACAAUCGAAUAAAGAAAAAUCCGUCUGCGCCGUUUGUGCCGCGUACUGUCAUGAUCGGAGGAAAAGCAGCGCCGGGUUAUCAUUUGGCGAAAAAAAUUAUAAAACUGAUAUGCAAUGUGGGCAGCGUCAUAAAUAACGAUCCAAUCGUUGGUGACAAAUUGAAAUUGAUCUACCUGGAAAAUUAUCGAGUCACUUUGGCAGAGAAGAUAAUUCCAGCUGCAGAUUUAAGUGAACAAAUUUCAACUGCUGGUACCGAGGCAUCCGGCACGGGAAAUAUGAAGUUCAUGUUAAACGGAGCACUUACAAUUGGUACGUUGGAUGGUGCCAACGUCGAAAUGGCUGAAGAAAUGGGCAAUGAAAAUAUAUUCAUCUUUGGCAUGACAGUCGAGGAAGUUGAAGCAUUGCAGAGGAAAGGAUAUAAUGCUCAUGAUUAUUAUAACAAAAUCCCUGAAUUGAAACAAUGCAUUGAUCAGAUCCAGAGUGGCUUCUUCAGCCCCAAUAAUCCAGACGAGUUCAAGGACAUCUCCAAUGUCCUACUGAACUGGGAUAGAUUCUAUCUGUUCGCUGAUUAUGAAAGCUACAUUAAAAUGCAAGAUCACGUUAGCAAAACUUACCAAGAUGAGAACAAAUGGGUAGAAAUGGCGAUUCAUAAUAUUGCUUCAUCUGGAAAGUUUUCUUCGGAUCGCACGAUUGCUGAAUAUGCUCGUGAAAUUUGGGGAGUCGAACCCUCCUGGCAACGACUUCCCGCACCUCAUGAACCACGAGAUAUUUAAAUUAUAACUUUUUGUCUUAUGUAUGUUUUCGCUUACUACGCUCACGACUGACAGUCGUUUUUUUAUUUUUUGCGUGAGUAAUUUUAUAAAUUAAUUUUACAAAUAAAGUAGUCAGUGAAUUGGCCUCGUCACGAAGUUAUAGUUAAACAGAGGAACUUAACAAUAGAAGGAAUAUUUGAAAAAAGUGAUUCGUCAUAUUUAUAUGUAUUCGUCAGUAAGCGAUCGAAAAUUAUUCACACUUCCUUAAAGAAGCGUCUACUGCCUCAAACUUGUUGAAAAUGUUACUAUUAAUAAUCAUUGACUGAUCAUCAGAAGGAGAAGAAAAUUAAAGUUACGUGAAAGCUUCUCAUGUUCCUACAUUCUAGCUAACAAUAUAUUUUAAUAACAGAAACUCAACUUCAUUUUCUAAGAAGAUAAAAUCGAAAAAGCAGUCUAGUCGAUAGAAAUUCUUGAUGAAAACUUCAAAAGCUAUUUUUUUCACACUUUUUUACUUGUAAAUAAAGUAUCCAUUACAAUGUUAUAUAAAAAAAAGCAAAGAAUUUACUCACUGUUAACUAAGUCAAACGUCGCUAAAAAGUUUACAAAACAAACAAAAUUAAGGUAUUGAUCUUAGAACUAUAAACCCUUGAUUAAUGAUAUUAUUAACAAAUAUUUAAUUAUAUAUUUAAUAAUGUUUA